AUGGCUUCCAAUCCUGCGGCAGCUCUGGCAGGUUCUGAGCGAGGAGAACUUCACCAGUGGACUUUUCGAGUGCAUUUUAUGAAUGACUCUUUUGAUUCCUGCGGAGGAACUUGUGGUUUUGGAUUAUGAUCUUCGCUCUUUUUAUGUGAUGUUUAGUUAGAGAUAAAGUUCAGAAGUUCCUGGAGGCGGCUUGCGCUGGAAAUCUCGACCUUUUCAAGAGUAUCUCCAGCUCUUAGACUGUCGUGUUCCCUGUUUUCGAUGUGUUUUUUUCCUUUUUUACGUUCCCUUUUCGUUUAAUUUGUUUUUUCUUGGGUGCGACAGAGCUUGCAAGGCAGCUGGACGUGGGUGAUAAGGGGCUGGCAAGGACGGUCGCUGAUGUAAAGGACGCGAACAAGAGGACCGCUCUUCACUUUGCCGCAAGAGAGGGGAAGACCAGUAUCUGCAAGUAUCUCAUCGAGGAGCUGGGUCUGGACGUCGAUAUCAGGGACGAAGAUAGUAGGUCUAACCACACUAUUUCUUUGAUUGUCUCAAUAAUGGUUUUGCUUUCCUGUUUGUUUCUCUAUAUGCAAAACAUUGAAAAAAAAGAUAUAGUUUUUUUUAUCUUAAACCAGAAAAAAGUGCAUAUGUAGUUGUCGCCUCCUUAAAAUAGCACUGUUUGCCAGUGCUGUGUUUGUCAGUCUAAAAUUGAAUUCUUCUUAAAGCCAUCCAUGCAGUAUAGUCUAUCUUUAUCUUGAAUCAGUUAUGGAAUACAUUUGGAUCGUAUUCUGUUCAAGUUCAUGAGAUAACCAAAUAGGUACCCUCUUCAAGCAGUUUCGCUCCUUUGAGGAAUAUUUGUUGGAUAUACUUUCACCUUCAACCUAUUUUUACGUGUGCACCAUAGGCUUAUAACCGUCUUGACGAACAUGCAAGUCUAAUAAUGGUACAAAAAUAUUUUAUAUCAAAAUUGUGGCCUCUUUUGACAUCAAAAUUCAUGUCUUACGCAAGUGCACUUCUUAGUUUUUCUUUGAAGACUCAGUUUAUACGUUUAGUGUCAACCAUGUGAUGUUGUGGUGAAAUUUAUAUUCUUCAGGUGAGACACCUCUUAUCCAUGCUUCCCGUCAAGAACAUAUUGUCACAGCGAAGUAUCUCCUUGAGCGUGGAGCAGAGCCUGCUGCUAGCAGUGAAUUGGGCGCUACUUCAUUGCAUCACUCUGCUGGAACAGGUUUACAUGAAUUUGGUUAAUUCUGAUGAAUUUAUCAUCUAGGAGCACGAAAAAAUUAUUUCAACUGUUUGGAAAUGUGUUUUUAUGAGCUUUUGGUGUUUUCAUUCAACUUCUUUUUUUUGGAGUCAUUCUGACUACUUUUAGGUUCAAAGAAAAAAAAUCUCUGAUUUGAUGUGACUAUGAACUUAAUGAGUAAGUAUGGUUGGACUUUUUGAUUUAUCUGAGAUUAAAGUGGUCUUAAAGACAACUCUAGUUGUAAAAUAAGUGAAGUUAAUAAAAGAUAAACCGUGGAAUGGAGUAUGACAAAUAGUCAUAUAUUUAAUAGAAUAAAAGUAGAAUAAAAUUCAAAGUUCAUUUAUUUCCUUUAAAGUCAAUCUUUUCUUAUUGAUUCCUUUAUCUGUAUUUAUUUAGUAUUCAUUGAAGAUUCAAUCCAAGAAUCGUCAAUGUUUAUGAAGAUUUUUAAUUGGGUGCCAUUGAUUCUGGUCAUCUUUUGCCUGCGUGGUUGUUGUUGUUGAAUAAAUUCGAAACUACGAAUAUUCUCCUAGAUGAUCCACACAUUCUUCUUUUUAAGUGAAAUAGUAAGAACCACUUGCUUUGGAUGAUGAUAUUCCACGAUAGCCACUAGAAAAAAAGAGUUUAGAGAAAAUAACGGAUAUACUCUAGUAUUUCAUUUAAUGUUUUUAAUUGCAAGGAAGGUUCCGAGGAGUCUAUGGAUAAACUAACAUGCUUGAUUGCAAGGAAGAAGGUUGUAACAAAAAAAUAUGAAAUUGUUGAUGUUACCUAGUUUCUUCCCCAGCAAUGGAGUAAUUGGGAGGUGGGCACUGUGCUUCACUGCUAAAUAGAGGUCCUCUUUUAUUUUAUGAUUUUAUGUGCACGAACAGUAUUGGUUAUUUAACGUGUCUUACUUCAUCAGUUAAAUUUAAUGUUUGAUUUAUCUAUUUAAAUACUUUCAUACCGGCUAAACACAGGGAACGUUGAGUUGCUUAAUCUUUUGCUUGCAAAGGGCGUUGAUGUGGAUUCACAUUGUGAGUCUGGCACUCCCCUGAUUUGGGCUGCUGGUCACGGCCAAGAUAAAGCCGUAAAGGUUCUGUUAGAACACCAUGCCAAUGUAAGCUUCCUUUAAAAGUUGCUGCUGGAUGUUUUCCAGUGCUUCAGUCAGAGAAACCUGAAAAAAAUAGACAUGUUAAAAUUUAUGUAUCUUGCCAUUACUCUAUGACAUUUUUAUACAGACAGUUUUUUUGUUUGUGAGAUGAAUUUUUAUGAAUCUAUUCCUAUAUUAUUUUUUCCUAAAGCUUAGUAUCUUAAUCAAAGGAAAGCAAGAGCAAACAUAUUUCACUGAUGAACCUCUUUUCUAAGAUAGUAAAUUCUUUGAACACCUGAGUGAUUGUUUACUAAUUUUUCUAUGACAAAUAGUGUUUCCUUUUCCUUGAAUUUACCUCAAGUGGUUGUUACAACCAGUUGCUUUCUUGUUCCCAUCGUGUCUUCUUUUUCAAAUAAAAGGGAAAUUUACACUUUUGAGAAGGGGAGGUCCGUGAUUAUAAUAUAUUUUUUCCUUUUGAUUCUUUGGUUCUUGGAGUCUAAUCAUUGAUUAUGUGAUAAACAAAAAAUUACAAUUCAUAUCUAACUGAUGAUUCAAAGCAUCUGAUCAGCUUACAGAGAAGUCCAGUGGUGAAUUUGUAAACUAUCAGUGAAAUUAGAUUCUUACUUGUGUGGGCUUUUUCUGGUUCUUGUCAUGAGCAGGAAAUUCUGCCAGUUCCAUUAAAGUACAUGUUCUGUUGAAAGAAAAAACUAUGGCAAAUGAUUUGGAAGCUAACUUCCAUCCUCAGUGAUUUAUCAGAGUUUUUGUAGAAUUCUCCAAAUCGUCGGCGAUUUGGAAGCUAACUUGUAUUCAUCCAUCAAGAAUCUCUCAUCUUUUAAAAUUAACAUAUUUUUUCGAGAGAAAAAUGGUUUGUAGAACUUAUUAAAAUGCAAACCGUCUUCUCAUUUAUGCAAUCCCACUGAAGUAAAAGUAUUGAUUGUAGACUGAUGUGAUAUGUUCACAUGCAUUGCUUUUGCAGCCUAAUGCCCAUACUGAUGACGAUAUAACUCCCUUAUUGUCAUCUGUAGCCGCGGGGUCAUUGCCAUGCUUGAAGUUGUUGAUUGAGGUAUGGUCAUUUCUGACCCAUUCUUUUGCGUAAUCCCAUAUCACUACGAUGGGUUCCCGUUGUCAACGGUAAUAUCAUAGCCUUUGGUAAUGCCAUUAAAUGUGUUUCUUCUGAAAUAGACAGAUUAUGUGUCGAGCCCUAUUACAUAUCCGAAUCCUAUCCUGUAACCUUAUGCCAGAAAAUUGUACAAAGCCGAAAAUGUGUAAACAUUAACGGAGAGACACUGAUAAAAAAGUUUUACAUGCAGACAACUACGGAAAUUUAGUUUUUCGCUUGAUUAUUUGGUUCCUCUAUCAAUAAUAAAAAUACUGGCAACCUGGAGAGUUGUAUGGUUUGUAUGCUUGAUGAAUCCUAAUUGCAUUGAAGCCUUGUUCCUUUGUACUCUUUCAAGAGUAAGAGGCCUAAACAAAAAACAAGCAUCAACUUAUUUAAGUGUUAUUGUGAGUACAAUUUCAGACAUGCUAUGGGUUUUCUGAGGAAAAAUCCCUGCUCCAGUCUGACAAUAUGUAAAUGCACAAAAAGCCGUUCGGUUAUCCUCCAUAAAUGACCAUUAUAUCCAUCUCUAUAAUAGAACAUGGUGCUUUCUGGGGCUUCCAGGAUUCUGUUCUGGAAUCAAGUCAACUGUGGGUCUGCCCUUCUCUCUCCAUGUUUCAUUAUUGGCUUAUGAUGUUCGAACUCUGACAGAGUGUCGAUACGCCUAAAAAAGGUCCAGUUGGCUUUUACUUCUGUUUACUUGUCUUUUUCUCUGAGCAAUUAGUAACAUGAUUCACGUAUUUAUGAUUUCUUGCGAGGAAAUAGUUUUCUAUACAUAUGUCUACAUUUCGAAGAUAAAGUUUUAUAGUUUCCAGGCGCAGUAUAGGUGCCAAAUUGUUGGUUUUUUACUAGUGUAGUUUGUGAAUGUAGUUGAACUUCAGAAUUCAUAUCAUAUAUUGAAAAUGAUUUAAUGAUGAAGACUUGUCUACCUGUCUGGCUGAUGUCUAUCAAUUGUCCUUUAAAGAUGAGGAUGUGAACUAGAUGAGUGUUGAAUUAGUUUUAUGACUAAGCAGAAGAAUGAUAGUGCAUUUUUACCCAUAAAUCUUGUAUCAGUGCCAUGAUUACCCUUCUUAUAUGUGCGUCAUUUAGUCUUACUUCUUUUCUUCUCAGUCUGGUGCUGAUGUGAAUGUUAGUGCUGGCGGAACGACUCCUUUGCAUGUAGCUGCUGACAUUGGGAGCACUGACCUUAUCAAUUCUUUGUUAAAGGCUGGUGCAGAUGCUAAUGCUGAAGACGAGGUUGGUCUGCUUAUUUCAUUAUUCAUAGUUUAACCACAGGUUUUGGGGCUUACAAGAAACAAAACAUUUGCUUUCCAUUUUUUGGUUACAUGGCAGUACCAGUGUUGACAGAAAUAACAUUAUUUGGAAUCUCAAAUGCUUCACUCUUAGGAUUUGUAAUUAGGCAUUGUCUUGCACAUAGCAUGAUAAUUGACUUUGACAUUACAUGAAUACUUGUAUCAUCAUAUGGGAAUAUUGAAAGGCAAUGGUGAUUUGGAUAAUCUGUCUCUCAGAUUGUCUUGUGCUACUCUUUCACAAGCCUAUGAAGUGAAUGUAUUGAAAUGGCUUGUGACAUCAAAACUCAUGGACUUGCCUAGCCUUUGAUAGAUGGUUCCCAAAUUAGACCUUGGGCUGAAAAUGUCAGGCCAUUACAUGAAAAUGGGCAGCUAAGAGAGGAAAAUAUGGCAGGUUCCUGUCUAGUCUCUGCUCUAUAAAGAAAUGGUAGGGAAAACAAUCAAACCAUGUUUUUGAAAGUUUAAUAAAACAGCUUGAUCGUACUUGCUUGGUGACGAUUGAGACUACUCAAUCAUGAAUUUGUUAGCCUUUAUUUGAUUCUACCCCGAAUGAAAGGUUCUUAUGCAGCUUGAUCUGAUCCUUUUGUGGACAAGCCAUCUUAAGUGGAGCGAGUUAAAUGAAGCAAGGUGCGUUUAAGCUGCUUGUUGACAGUACUGGUAUCUCUUUUGCCCGAUAAAAUGCAAAGCUGCCAUUAUCCGGAGCAUUUUUGGAUGGGUUUUCGAGAUCUGCGUUGCUACAUGCCUCAUGUCUUGAGGCCUCCCCUAGUGGUAAAGACUGAAGAUUUAGAAUAGCUCUAGUCUUAAAAAACUGCGGAAUAUGCAGUAUUGCACUUUCUGUGGAAGUAAAAACCGUUCAUCCAGAUGAGAUUCAUUUUAAAUAUGUUGAAAUUGGCAGGCCAUCUUGAAACCAUGGAAUUUUUUCUGCACUCUUGUCAAAUCAAAAGUAUAAAUUUGUGGCUGCAAGAAUUAUAAAUGCAUCCAUCCCUAUCUUUUGAUAGCCAUAUUUGCAAAUUCUGCCCAACUCUAACCAGUGGGGAUGGUGAUGACCACUACAACUGUUGGGUUGGGUUUUUUCUGGCUACUACACCGUGUGUGUAGCUUCUAUCAGUGACUGCCAAUUGGUGUAGCCCUGCUGUUGAGUGUUAUGAGUGCAGCUUCAAUUUCUGAUUUGAUAUAACGAUCUACUGUUAUUUGUUGAUGCCAAAUGCUGCUGUUGUCUUGGCUGCCAGAACUUCAUGUUCAAAUUUGGUUUCUCAAUUUUAAUUUGAAAAGUGACGCUGAUUUUUAACCAUAUUUUCAGCUUUUUAAAUUUAUCAGGAGGCGUAGCUUUUCACAGAAGGAACAGGCGUGGAUACACCUUUGCUUGAUCUGCAUGUGUGCUGUUUUGAGCUUUUUGAGUCGGUAGUUCAUGUUGGAAAGUAAACCUGGAAAAGAUGGGAUUCUUUCCUAGCAAGACAGCACGAGAUGGUUAUUUGGUUACCGGCCGUAUAUAGUUGAAACUUUAGGUCUGUUUCUCUUAUCUCAAGCUACAUAUGAGAACUUUGGAAAAGCAAGGAUAAGAAUGAGAAAGCAUAAGAAAUCAAUUCUUGCACGCGUAUGCCCUUACUCUUGGAAGUAUCCUGUUUCAUCUGUUGCGGUGCGUGCAUAAUAGUAAGGUAGGUGUAUAUGCUUUGAGAAAUAAUAGGUUACUCUACAUUUAAAUAUUGAAGACGAUUCCGAUGGCCUAGAUGUGAAAAACUAAUGUUCUUUCUGAAGUGUAAAGGAAAAAAAAUAUAAUAUGGUAGCUUGAAAGAUUGCCAAUGAUCUGUUCGUGCCACAUUCAACAGAUAAUUUGAGAUGCCGUUUUGUCAUUUAGUUCAUGGAACGGAUAGUGGUGGGGAACAAUAUAGUUAAGGAAUUGAAAGGUGCCAUACGUGAACAUUAUAGAAAUGACGGUCGUGCUCAAAUUUAUUAAACAAGAAACUGCUGUCAUCAUUUCGUCUCGUCUCUUCUUCUAUGCAACCUAUGAUUCACACUUCUCUUUUCUGUGUUGUCGAACAUUGUAAUAGUAAUAAUCAUCUUAUCAAGUUUUAUCCCAUGCAAAGCUCAUAUUAGCAUAAAGAUCUGGAAACCAGAGAAAAUUUUAUGACUGGUGCCACGGGGACGCUAACCUUCUUGUUUAUAUUAAAACAUGACAAACACUGUUGCUAUGAAGAUGUCAUUAUAGAAUGAUUGAAAGAACAUUGGGAUAGCUCGCUGGCUAAUGAGCAAGGUUUAUGACUGGUGCAAGUAUGACACUAACCCCUCUUGUGUCAAAACUUGGCAAGUGUUUGUACGAGUGCCUUAUUGUAAAAUUACUAUAAAACUGUUGGCCUUAGCAUAACUGCUUUUACGAUACUGUCUUGUCUCUGCCUUGAGCAUACAACCCCUUUGUAAAAUCAUGCUCAGGCCUUUCCAGCUGUUGCAUGACCUGAUAUCUUAUAUUCUGUGAUUCAUUUGCAUUACUAUCAAUCUAUCUUAGACAUUACGUUGGUGAUUAUUUAGUUGGAACAUUUCAAAAGUAUUAUAGCAAUAGAUAUUUAAAUGCUGAUGAUGGUCAUGUGGUUAAUUUUAGUACAGAGCGUACUGAAGUAAUCCCACGUACAGUUUUAUGUUGUUGGUUCCAUGUUUUCUCCUCAAAUUUUUAAGUGCUGAAUUUAGACUUUUGUAUUUCUCCAUUUCCCUUUCACUGCAGGAUGGUCUUAAGCCGAUACAAACCGCUGCUCUGAGAAGCAAUCGUAAAGCUGUCAUGAUCCUUUUGCCUUUGACGUUUCCUAUUCAAAAAAUCAAAGAUUGGAGUGUUGACGCAGUAAUUGAUUUCAUGCAAUCUGAAUUUAAGCAACAAGAGGUAUUAAAUUCGUAAUUAUUUUCUUAUGGGAUAAAAACAUGAUAAAAUUGCCCCGCCCCCGCCCCCCCUCCCCCAACCACAACAUACAAGAAAUGCUGUACGCAAACCACUCAUUUAUCUUUAUCUUGGUUGCAAUUAUUUGCAUCUUCCAGGAAAAAACUGAGGCUGAUGCACGGAAAGAGAAUCCCUUGCAUCUGGUAGAUCCUGUGAAGGUAUCUAUUUAUAUAUCAAUAACUAGGGACGUGGAAUUCGUGUGCAACAUCAGGUUUAGUUGUAUAACUAUGAGCAACUAGAAGGCUUAUUUUUGACUAAGUCAUCUGUUAUUUAAAUAUGGGACAUAGCUCUAGUUUAUCAUAUUAAUAUCAUCCAUUCCCUUCAUAUGGCGGUGUACAUUACCCCUCCCAACCAACAAACAGUGAGGAAAUGCUGUACGCAAAUCACUCAUUUACUUUUAUUUUAGUUGAUAUUCUUUGCAUCUUGCAGGAAAAAACUGAGGGUGAUGCUCAGAAGGAGAAUCCCUUGCAUGUGGCUGAUUCUGCGAAGGUAUCUAUCUGUAUAUCUACAACUAGGGACGUGGAAUUCUUGUGCAUUGUCAGGUUUAGUUGUAUAACCAGCUAGAAGGCUUGAAAUCGUAUGUUAUUUAAAUAUAGGACAUAGCUCUAGUUUAUCAUAUUAAUAUCAUCCGUUCAUGUAGCGAUUUACAUUAUAAUACGCUUGCAGUUAGAUUCACUGGAGGAUUGUUAGAAUUAUGUUGGUCUGUUCCCAUUAACGUGUUAUCCCAUUGUUUUUGCGCUUGGAUACUGAUUCGCGUGUAUUUUCUGUUCAUCGUCUCUUCAUAUUGAUUUCUCUCUGUAUUGCAUCAAAUAUGUUUUUUUCAAUUCAUCUUGACCGGACAAUCACGUGUACUGUAGCAAACCUGUGUCAAUUUUUUUGGUCAAAAUGAAAACCAUUUGACCUUCAGUGGUUGAAAUGCGGAUUCGUGAAUCCCAAACCUAAAUAGGCUCGUUGACAAUGCUUAUAUACUGAAGAUAUUCUAUUUAUUCCGGGAUAUACUAAUGUUGCCUGUCUCAUUCCGAAUUUAUGAAUGGUACAGACAAACUUAUUUGCUCAUGUCUGUUUAUUCCUUUGCGCAGGUAACACCGGAGGCAAAGGAGAAAUCAUUAGAAGCUAAAUCAAGAGGAAACGAAUCUUUUAAAGGGGGAGACUAUCUGGGAGCAAUAGAUGCAUAUACACAAGUAUUUAUUUCAAAUUUCAACAAUUUACGUUUGGAUUUUUCUUAGUUAGAUAAUUAGCUUGCCAUUAAAAUGUCUAUGUUAAGUUCAUUUCAUCAACUUUGCCUUUUAUCAGCAUUACACUGCCAAUGAAUAAGAACAGCGCAUUUCAUACUUGCGAGUAUGUUUGUUCGAUUCAUUUUUAUAAUUUACAUGUGAAAGAAGAAACCUUCCAAGUUCAUGUACAUAUGUCUUCAAUUUUUAUUUGCUUUUCUCAUAAGUUGCUCGAGCUUUAAUAUAGCUCCAAUAAUACAUAAAAUGAGCUCCACCCUGAUUUAGCUGUAUGGAUUGUUUGUAACACAAAAUAAUUUCUAUAAUUCUUCGUGAGGUUUAAUGAAGUGCAUGGUUUCCCCAGAAACGAUAAAACCCUAUUUUUAUCAUGGAUCUUAGAAGCAGGACUUGAAGGAAAAGCAUGAAUACCCGAUUUACAAUAUAUUUCCUCCAAUAUUGAUACUCCUAAUGUGGGAGUACAAUCCAAUGCGACUUGCUAUCCUAAAACAUUAUUUUGAUACCAGAACCUUAUUCCGAAGAAGAAAUUGAUUUAACAUUAGUUUGGAAUCAAACCCAGAGGAAAAGUUAGGAAGUGAUAGAAGUGGAAGAAAUACAUAUCGAUGAUGGUGUAUGUUAACUAAUGAUUUAGCAAACAUGGACAAAUGUCGAUGCUCAAGUAACAACAAUGCCAAUAUUUUGUGCACAUUUUUGGUGAGCACCCUUCAGCUUUAAGAACAAAAAAAAAGGGAUACUGAAAAAUUUACGAAACGAAGUUUAGAAUCUCAUUCGGUCUGCGCUUGAGUUGACCCGGUCCAAGUCCAAUAGGGCAGAUGAAGAAUGUCACAUAGUUCAUGCUAAAGAGGAGAAAAAAAGGACAAACUCAGAAUCUUACCAGGCAAAAGUUUUAGAUGAAUACUUUACUAAGAAACGAUAUGAUUUGGUCGGCAAAUGAGUUGACUCAGUCUAAGGCUUUCUCGAAUCCUCAUAGACAUGUAAUCGAGAUGAGUUUAGGUCAAUACCCCAGAUCAUGCCAAUAUUUCAACGCUAUUUGAAAACAUGUUUCUUAGAACAGGUUUCUUCCUACGGGUCAACGCCAUUCUUAGUACAGUUCCUUUUUAAGUAAUCUAAAAAUUCCUAGCAUUUUCAGCUAAAUGGGGUUAAGAUGGAUUUGAAUGCCUUCACUAAUAUAGCACACAUUGACAGGCGAUUGAUCUGGACCCUACUGAAGCCACACUGCUGUCGAAUAGAUCGGUGUGUUGGAUUCGAUUGGGGCAAGCAGAUCGUGCCCUGAGUGAUGCCAAGGCCUGUAGAAUAAUAAGACCGGACUGGCCUAAAGCGUGCUACAGGGAGGGCGUAGCCUUACGUCUGCUGCAGGCAUGCCUUCCUCCCACAUUUCUCCGCCAUGAACUUGUGUCUCACUUCCUUCAGAUUGCUGUCAACUGUGGAUUCCUUUGCUUCUCCAGAGGUUUGAAGAAGCGGCAAAUGCAUUCUAUGAAGGCGUGCUCCUCGAUCCCGAAAACCAGGAGCUUGUGUCUGCCUUCAGGUACUGUUCAUGUCAAAUCUCUCUAUCACCAUUAGGGUUUUCUUAUUGGGGGAGAGAAAGGGCUAUAAAACCCGGGUAA